AUGUCGUUCCUCGGUGUAUAUCGGGCCAUUUACGACUAUGUGCCCCAGAGCGAGGGCGAAUUGACCCUCACCGAAGGAGACUUGCUGUUUGUUUUGGACAACAGCUCCGAUGAUGACUGGUGGAAGGCAAAGAAGAAGGCCACUUCCGACGAGGAUGACGAGCCAGAGGGUCUGAUCCCGAACAACUACAUUGAAGAAGCGCAUCCUCUAUACCAAGCGAAAGCCCUAUACGAUUACACCAAGCAGACCGAUGAAGAGCUCUCAUUCCCUGAAGAAGCGAGUUUGGAUGUCUACGACACGUCAGAUGACGAUUGGACGCUUGUUGGCUUAAACGGUCAAUAUGGCUUUGCUCCUGCUAUCUACAUCGAAAAGGCUUCAGCUGGCUCUGCCGCAGCUGCCGUGCCAUCCGCCCCUGCCAUGCCUACACGACCACAAAUCGCCCAGCCCGAGCCCGAGGAGGCUGAGUGGAACGAGUCUCCACCAGAGAGUCCCGCAAGGAAUCCCGCUGCUGCUCUCGCAGGUAUCAUUGCACAAAGGACUGGCCAAUCGCAAACUCAGGCUCGUUCAUAUCAAGCACCCAUGGACCGCGGCCUUGCUUCGCCACCACUGCCAUCACGACCACAAUACACCCCCGACGAGUCUGAAGAUGAGCCCACGCCCAGCAUGCCUCCGCGACCAAUCUCGUCCGUAUCACGCGAGCCCGUCCGUUCGCCCGUGUACUCUCCGAUGGAACGCGAGCCUCAAGGAGUCACCACUUCUCUCCCAUACAACAGAGCAAUGGCUGUCGAAGAUGAGGAAGCUGCUCUCAGGUCGCCUGGCGGUUUCCGCCUAUACAAUAUUUCCGAGGUCGUCUCGCAUAUGGGAAAAAACAAGAAGAUGCCCAUUACCUUGGGUAUCAAUCUAGCGAAGGGAUUGGUGUCAUUGUCUCCCGCCAAAGCGCGAGAUGGGCCAUCACAAGAGUGGACGGCGGAUCGACUUUCCAACUAUUCGAUCGAGGGCAAGCACGUUUUCCUGGAUCUAGUUCGCCCUAGUAAGAGUGUUGAUCUUCAUGCUGGCGCAAAGGAUACUGCUCAAGAGAUUAUUGGCAUCUUGGGCGAAUUGGCUGGUGCUUCGAGAGCCGAAGGCCUCCGUGAGGUCUGGGCAGCCAGCUCUGGAACUGGUGCUGGCGGUAAAAAGAAGGGUACAAUGCUUUACGAUUUCAUGGCUCAAGGCGACGAUGAAGUAUCUGUGGCCAUCGACGACGAAGUUGUCAUCUUGGACGAUACAAAGAGCGAGGAAUGGUGGAUGGUCAGACGACUCAAGAAUGGCAAGGAGGGUGUCGUUCCCAGCAGCUACGUUGAGAUCACUGGCACUCUUCCAGAGCCAUCAUCAGCCUACACCGGCCUCAAUGCUGCCCGUUCUACCGUCGAACAAAAUAGACUCGAAGAGCAGCGCCUCACGAGAGACGUAAUGAGAUCGUCAACCAUUCACGACUCGGAUGAUGGAGGCCGGCCUGAGCGUCACAGCAGUCUGGCCAAAGACGACCACCGCAAGAGCAGGCAUAGCAAGAGUGACAAGAGUGAUAAACCUAAGCCGAACGCUGCAAGAGUGCGCACCUGGACAGACAGAUCAGGCUCUUUUAAGGUCGACGCCGAGUUCAUCGGCCUCAAGGAUGGCAAGAUACACCUUCACAAACAGAACGGUGUCAAGAUCGCCGUACCUGUCAACAAGAUGGCUAUCGAAGAUCUCGAAUAUGUGGAAAGAGCGACUGGUGUUUCUCUUGACGAAGACAAACCACUUUCAGAAAUCAAACGCAGAAGCACUGAAAAGAGGAAGGACCGACCAGAGAGACUUCAGCAAUCAGGUGCUUCGUCAGGCGUCGUUGUUGAACAGAAACCCGAAUACGACUGGUUCGAUUUCUUCCUCGGCGCUGGCGUCAAUCCUCAAAUCUGCGAGCGUUAUGCUGCUGCCUUCAGUCGUGAUCAGAUGGGCGAAGAGAUUCUACCUGAAGUUGACCCUCAGUUACUGCGCACGCUUGGUCUCAAAGAAGGAGACAUCCUUCGUGUUAUGAAGUAUCUCGACAACAAGUUUGGCCGCACUGGCCAGAAGAAGAACGUUAGCUUCGGCGAGGAAGAUGCCGAUGGUGCUGCAAAUGGUGAAGGUGGACUCUUCUCUGGACCUGGUGGAGCCUUGAGAAACAACACACGCAAGGGAAGACCUGCCCCUGCCGUUCAAACCAACGAUGUGAUCGAUGCCGACGCAUUCAAGCAGGAAGACGAGAUCUCAAAGGUCGAGACUCCUCUCGCUUCAGCCCCCGCCAGGCCCUCUGCCUCUACUGGAUUCGAUGAUGAUGCUUGGGACGUCAAGCCAUCAAAGACUGUCAAUACCUCCGAGCCUGCAGCUCCCGCACCGGCGAAGGUUCAGUCGCCACCGCCUGCUCCUGCCGCUCCUGAGCCACCGAAACUCACUCAAAACAUGUCAGAUCUGUCUUUGCUCUCGCCAGCACUUCAGCCGACACCCGCACCUCAGGCCGCGCCUCAAGCUGCUACCACACCUCAACAACAGCCAGCAAGAACAGGGGCCGACCUCGCAUUCUUUGACAAGCUCGCAGCACCUUCUCCUAUGCAGUCACAGAUGACAGGCAUGAGACAGCGUCCUGCAGCUCCGGCACAAAUGCAGACCGGCAGUUCGAUGAUCGCCCCACCUCCUCAGCGUGCAGCUUCCGCUCCUGGUUUACCUCAGCAAGGCUUUGCUCCCCCAGCACUUCAAUCUCAGAUGACUGGUUACCAAGCCCCUCCCGGCCAGAGUCUUCAGAGUUUGCAACAGCAGCAGCAAUUCCAGCAACAGCAACAGCAAAUGACUGGACUCCCUCAACAGUACCCAGGGCUUAUGGCUCAAGCCACUGGCUACAUGCAGUCGCCCCAGCAAAGCGGUUUCCCAGCACAGUACCAGAUGCCGCAAGCAACAGGCUAUGGCCAGCAACAGCCUUAUCUCAAUGGUCAGGCCACAGGCUCACCUUUCGCCGACCCUACCCCUCGUCCCAUUUUCCAAUCUCAGCCUACCGGUAUGGCUCAAUCCUUUACACCUGGCAUGCAACCCCAGCAAACAGGUUUCGGCAUGCCUCCACCCAUGCAACCCCAACAGACUGGUCUCCCGCCUGCCCUCCAGCCCCAACGCACAGGCUUCACACCUCAAAGCCAAUUCGGCCAGAGCUACGCCCAGCAACAGAAUGGCUAUGGUGGAUAUGGACAACAAGCACCCCCUUUGCCGCCUAUGCCGCCUAUGCCAGCUCAGCCCACAGGCCUGCAACCCCUUGUACCCCAAAAGACUGGUCCUCCCCCACCCGUCCGCUUCGGUGUACAGCCUGCUGCUAGACUCACACCUCAGCCCACUGGCAGAGCCAAUCUGUCAAAGGCAACACCGCAAAAUCCCUUUGGUUUCUAG